AUGACUACGAGAAGCAAUACCGACCCCGACAAAUUGCUCCCUUUAACGGACCCCGAGGCCAUUAUCCGAUCUGGUAACGCCGAACAACGCCGUCUGAAACAACUCAAGUCUAACCCAACUGCUCCAAUCCCACUCCUUUCCAAGACUACCCCUUCCACCGCAAUGUCUGACAAAACGGCCCCAGCCCACGAAACGUCCGGGUCGACUCGCACAGCGGACGCCUCCGACAUGCAGACAGCUAAAGAUUGGUUCAAAUCGGUCUUUAAGCUACAACACGCGGCCAUUAUUGAAGCACAGACUGACCGUCGACAAGCAGCCAAGGACCGUCGAUAA